AUGGUUCGCUCUUCUCAGGCGACAACUUACACAUUCUCUGCUUCGCCUUAUUUUGACGACAGAGGCCUCCUCGCGACAGCUGAACCCCUCACGGAACGUGUAAACCCACAUUCACGACCCAUUGUUUCCUACUACUUCCCCAAGGGCAUUGGCGCUCAGCAUUAUGGAGAGCACCAUCCAAUGAAGCCUCAUAGGCUGACACUCACCAAUGCUCUUGUCAUGGGUUACGGUCUUGACAAGCAGAUCCACCACAUAUACAACCCCCGACCUGCUACCCAGGCCGAGAUAGAAGCCUAUCAUGACCACGACUACAUAGAUUUUCUCUCAAGAGUCACACCACACAACCAAGCGCAGAUGAAGCAAAUGAUCGACAGCUUCAACUGCGUCGAAGACUGUCCAAUAUUUGCCGACAUGUAUGACUUCUGCAAAAUGUACGCCGGCGCAUCGUUGGCCGCCGCGCGAAAACUAUGUGCGGGAACGACAGACAUCGCCAUCAACUGGAGCGGGGGCUUGCACCACGCGAAGAAGGCAGAAGCCAGCGGCUUCUGCUACAUCAACGACAUUGUACUUGCAAUACUGGAAAUGCUUCGCUACCACCCCCGCGUCCUCUACAUCGACAUCGACAUCCACCACGGCGACGGCGUCGAGUUCGCCUUCUACCACACCAACCGCGUCAUGACCGUCUCCUUCCACAAGUACACCGGCGACUUCUUCCCCGGCACCGGCAAGCUCGACGACAACGGGAGCGGGCCCGGGAAGCACUUCUGCAUCAACGUCCCCCUCAAGGACGGCAUCGACGACGACAUGUACAUCCACGUCUUCAAAUCCGUCAUCAACGACGCCGUCAACUGCUUCCGCCCCACCGCGAUCGUCCUCCAGUGCGGCGCGGACUCGCUCGGGUGCGACCGCCUCGGCGCCUUCCAGCUCUCGAUCGCCGCGCACGGCGAGUGCGUGAACCACAUCCGGAAGUUCAACAUCCCGCUCCUCAUCCUCGGCGGCGGCGGGUACACGAUCAAGAACGUCUCCCGCUGCUGGACGCACGAGACCGCGGUGCUCGUCGGCGCCGAGAUCCCGGACGCGCUCCCGCGCACGAUCUACGACCGCUUCUUCCGCGAGACGGAGUGGACGCUCCACCCGCAGCUCACCGGCCUCGUCGCGAACCAGAACACGGAGGGGAGCAUCUCCCGCCUCGUCACCGCCCUCCAGGAGAUCCCCCCGGACCUCGCCGGCUGGCUCGCGGACGAGGAGCGCUCGCGCGAGGAGCGCGACGAGGAGGCGCGCCGCGGCGCCGGGGACGCGCGCGAGCCAGAGCGCGCCUCCGCGCGCACGCGCCACGACUUCUUCGACGGCGACCGGGACAACGACGCGCAGACGGAGGGCGAGGACCCGGCGCCGGCGCCGCAGUCGGCGUCGGCGGCCAGGCGCGGGGCGCGCAAGGCGCGGGGCGGGCGGAGGGGCCGCGGGCGGGGGCGAGGGCGCGCCUCAGCGGUGGCGGCGUCGGCGUCGCACGCAGACUCGGUCGCGGAGGACGAGGAUGAGACGGAGGACGGGGUGGAGGAGGAGGAGAAGAAGCCGAAGGAGAAGAAGAAGCCGGGGCGAAAGCCGAGGGCGGCGCGGGGGCGGGGCCGGAAGCCGAGUGCGCGGGCGCAGAAGGAGAGGGACACGGAGACGUCGGCGGACGAGGCUGCGAUGGACGUCGACCAGGAGGAGAAGGACUGA